UGCGGGCGCGGCUGGGCGGCUGCUCUCCUCCCCACCUCGGUCUGGGGCCGCCCCGGAGGGAGUGUGGCUGCCGUCCCGGACGCCGGGGGGCGCUCCCUGCACCGAGAAGAGGGCCCUCCCCGGGGACCAGCAGCGCCCGGCGGUCGGCGUCACUCUCCUCCCCGCACCAGGCCCGUCUCGCCUCCUCUGUCGCCCAUCGAGGGCCUGGCUCGGUGCCGCCUGCCCUUUCACCCCCCCCCCCCUCCGCGGGGUCCCGGUUCCUUCCUACAGCCGGUGCCCGGGGCUGGUGAUGUUACCCGAUUGCCGCUGGGGACACCAAGGCACAAAGAGGGCGCGGGCCGCGCCUGAGGCCGCCUCUGGCCGGGGCUGAGUUGCUGUGGCCGUCCGCCCUCUGCCAGGUGACCCAGGUGACCCAGGGAUAGCGUUUCUCCGGAGCUGCUGCCCCCGCCUGGGGGGAUGGGCGCAACCCCGCCGGAUGGACGAGAAGACCAAGAAAGCCGAGGAGAUGGCCCUGAGGCUCACCCGAGCAGUGGCAGGCGGGGAUGAACAGGUGGCAGUGCAGUGUGCCAUCUGGCUGGCAGAGCAACGGGUGCCCCUGAAUGUGCAACUAAAGCCUGAGGUCUCCCCAACACAGGACAUCAGGCUAUGGGUAAACGUGGAGGAUGCUCAGAUGCACACAGUCACCAUCUGGCUCACAGUGCGCCCUGACAUGACAGUGGCUUCCCUCAAGGAUAUGGUGUUCCUGGACUACGGCUUUCCGCCUGUGCUGCAGCAGUGGGUGAUCGGGCAGCGGCUGGCCCGGGACCAGGAGACCCUGCACUCCCACGGGGUGCGGCGGAAUGGGGACAGUGCCUACCUCUACUUGCUGUCAGCCUGCAACACCUCGCUCAACCCUCAGGAGCUGCAGCGGGAGAGGCAGUUGCGGAUGCUGGAAGAUCUGGGCUUCAAGGACCUCACGCUGCAGCCCCGGGGCCCCCUGGAGCCAGCUCUUACGAGGCCGGGAGUCCCCCAGGAGCCCGGGCGGGGCCAGCCCGACGCCGCGCCCGAACCCCCGCCGGUGGGCUGGCAGUGCCCCGGCUGCACCUUCAUUAACAAGCCCACGAGGCCCGGCUGCGAGAUGUGUUGCCGGGCGCGGCCGGAGGCCUACCAGGUCCCCGCCUCCUACCAGCCGGACGAGGAGGAGAGAGCGCGCCUGGCGGGCGAGGAGGAGGCGCUGCGCCAGUACCAGCAGCGGAAGCAGCAGCAGCAGGAGGGGAACUACCUGCAGCACGUCCAGCUGGAUCAGAGGAGCCUGGUGCUGAACACCGAGCCCACCGAGUGCCCCGUGUGCUACUUGGUGCUGGCGCCCGGCGAUGCCGUGGUGCUGCGUGAGUGUCUGCACACCUUCUGCAGGGAGUGCCUGCAGGGCACCAUCCGCAACAGCCAGGAGGCCGAGGUCUCCUGCCCCUUCAUUGACAACACCUACUCGUGCUCGGGCAAGCUGCUGGAGAGGGAGAUCCGGGCGCUGCUGCCUCCCGAGGAUUACCAGCGAUUUCUGGACCUGGGCGUCUCCAUCGCGGAAAACCGCAGUGCCUUUAGCUACCACUGCAAGACCCCAGACUGCAAGGGAUGGUGUUUCUUUGAGGAUGAUGUCAAUGAGUUCACCUGCCCGGUGUGCUUCCACGUCAACUGCCUGCUCUGUAAGGCCAUCCACGAGCAGAUGAACUGCAAGGAGUACCAGGAUGACCUGGCCCUGCGGGCUCAGAACGAUGUGGCCGCCCGACAGACAACUGAGAUGCUCAGGUCCAUGCUGCAGCAGGGUGAGGCCAUGCACUGCCCGCAGUGCCGGAUUGUGGUGCAGAAGAAGGACGGCUGUGACUGGAUCCGCUGCACCGUCUGCCACACCGAGAUCUGCUGGGUGACCAAGGGGCCGCGCUGGGGACCCGGGGGUCCAGGAGACACCACUGGGGGCUGCCGUUGCCGGGUGAAUGGGAUUCCUUGUCACCCUAGCUGUCAGAACUGCCACUAGCUGAGGAUGGCCCGGUCCCCAGGCUGACUCAGCCCCACAUCCCCAUGCUGCUGUGGGACAGGGCUGGUGCUUUGGCUUGGAUUUCUGGCCUGGGGGGAUGCCUUUGCGCUUGGCUGAUACAGGCCUUGUAGAGACCAAGGCCCCUGAACUGUGUGGAUGGCUUUGUUUGCAAGGGGUGUUGCAGGGGCCUUGCCUAAGCUUGCGGUGGGUAUUGUCCAUGGCUCUGUCUGCCCCAGGGCCUUUGCCCCUCCUCUCAGCUUUUCUCUGUGGCUCUUUCCUCUGCCUGACCCAGACUUAAACACAGCCCUGCUGGAUGGAGCCUCAGAGAGCCCUGUGUGAGUCCACACUCACUCCUUCCACCACCCUCAUCCGCUUAACGUUGAGCACCCAUAACCCACGACUUCCCCAUCAGUUUUCUGGGGCUGACUGUCCUCUGUCUUUGCUGUCGGAGGCCUGGGGCCUCUUAGAGAGCUGCUGCUAAUCCUUUUGGGAUCCAGGAGGAGGGAGACCUGGCAGUGUCUGAAGCACAGCCCAUCAGGUCAGCUUCCAUGUCUCCCUCUUUGCUGCCUGUGUAAGCUAAUUAAAAUGACUUUCCAGGAAGGAA